CUCUUUUGGAUUUACACACCUCUCCUGCGAUGAUGUGGCGGACGGCGCGUGACUCAGUCUGUCUGCUAUGCCGCUCGGCAGCACAGCCCCGGAAUACACUGCUGGAGCCGGCGCGGCCAUGGAUCAGCCAACGCUCCUUUGCGACUCGCAGAGACCGAGACCGUCCGUCGCGCAUGGUCCUCUCCGAACGGGUCGCCCGCGGUCCCCGAACAGAUGCCUCGAGGAGGUCCCGCGAUAGGCCAGAGGGUCCUUGGGCUGGCACGAACCGCACAGUUGCCAACAUCGACCCGGAUCGCCGACGGGGUCCGCCUCGAGCAGCAUCCAAAACAUCGGCCACCAGCGCACGCGACAGGGACUCCAAUGACAGGGGUUCGCGCGAUGGCGACGACAGCCGCUUCAAAGCCCUCAAGAUGCAGCGCGCCCUCGCAUCCAUUUCAUACCGCGAACGUGCCGUUGUCAAGGCACGCAUUUCCGACGUCGAAUCCUUCGAUCAGUUCAAUCUGCUGCCGCAGUUGAGAGACGCCGUCUACGAAGAGGUCUUGAAGGGGAUGGUGGACAUCAAGCCGACGCCGGUCCAGAGGCUGGCCAUUCCGGCCCUGCUCGGCCAGAAGAUAGGCCAGCGCAGCCCCGCUCCCGAAACAAAGAAGGCCGAGGCAAAGAGACAAGAGUUCCUCCUAGCCGCCGAAACAGGGUCCGGCAAGACGCUGGCGUACCUGCUGCCCACCAUCAACGCCCUCAAGGUGACCGAGGCUGACGACCCGGCUGUGGCGGCAUACAACCAAAGGCUAGAAGCUGAGAAGGUGCGCCGCGGCGGGACCCCGGUGUCUGAAUGGAUCGACAACUUCGAACCGCACCCGAACCACGCCCGCCCCCGCGCCGUCGUGUUGGUCCCGACCGCCGAGCUCGUCGACCAAGUAGUCGCUGCCGCGAAAAAAAUUUCGCACGUCAUCAAGCUCAAAGUGCGCGCUUUCUCGUCCAAUCUCAAACCCACCAAGAUUGAGCGCAACAUGUACAGCCACGGUGGCAUCGACAUGGUGGUCGCCACUCCGCAUCUCCUCGCCUCCAUGGCCGACAAGGACCCCAACAUCCUCUCCCGGGUGCGCCACCUCAUCAUCGACGAAGCCGACUCCCUCCUCGACCGCUCCUUCUCCCCCGAAACCUCCAAGAUCGUCGACCGCGCCAUGCCCUCGCUCAAGCAGCUCAUUCUCUGCUCUGCCACCAUCCCGCGCCGCCUCGACAACUACCUGGCCACCCACUUUCCCAACAUCCACCGCAUCGCCACCCCCAAUUUGCACGCCAUCCCGCGCCGCGUCCAGCUCGGUGUCAUCGACGUCUCCAAAGACCCCUACCGCAACAACAAGCUCCUCGCCUGCGCCGACGCCAUCUGGUCCAUCGGCAAGGACGCCGCCCUGCACGACGGCGCCUCCAAAGAUGAGGUGGACGUCAAGCGCAUCAUGGUCUUUGUCAACGAGCGCGAGACGACGCAGGAGGUGGCCGAAUACCUCGUGUCCAAGGGCAUCGACGCCGUCGCGCUGCACCGCGACACCCCCGAGCACCGCCAGAGCGAGAUGCUCGCCAGCUUCACCAGCAAUGAGCCCAUGCGCAUCAGCAAGGACGAGGCGGAGCAGAACAAGCAGGCGAUUCUGGCCAAGACGAGCGGUGCCGGCAGGCGGCAUCUGCCCAACACCAAGGUCAUUGUCGCGACGGAUCUGGCGUCGAGGGGCAUUGACACGCUGGCUGUCAGGCAUGUGGUGCUGUAUGACGUGCCGCAUACCACAAUUGAUUUCAUCCACCGGCUCGGGAGGGCUGGGCGGAUGGGAAGGAGAGGGAGGGGGAUUGUGUUGGUUGGCAAAGACGAUCGGAGGGAUGUCGUUGCCGAGGUGAAGGAGAGUAUGUUCAUGGGGCAAGCCCUCAUCUGAAAUAAUCUGACGAUGUAUGAUAUGGAAGGGUUUGUACUAUAGUGUAACGGCAUAGAGUAGAUACUUACCCAGCGUGUUAUGGGAGUUGAGCGGGAAUCUGUACUGCGUUGGAUCUCAGCCCAAGACCGUACAAGUAUCUGUAGCAAUUAUGAACAGCUAGCCAAGUUGAGA